UUAUAACAUAAAAACUCAGAAAAAGUUGAGGUAUUUAAGCCUAAAAAUCACAUAACAUAACAAUUAAUAAAGCAUAUGAGUCUCUCUCCCUCUCUCUCUUCCUCUGCACUUCCCCACUGUGCCACACUGCCACUGACCUCACUUGCUUUUUGCUGUUCCUUUUCUCGCUCUUCUUUGUCUUUUUCACCUUUCCUAUCCUCCAUUCUCACUCUCUACUGAGCUACUCUCAAAAUUAUACUCCCUAGUCCCUUCUUCCUCUUCUUCUUCGGUUACUUUUUUUUUUAGAGAAAAAGGACACACUGUUUUUGAGAAUCUUUCUUUAGUCCCAUUUCAUAUCAAAGCUAACUUUUUGACUGAAACCCGGAUAAGAAAUAGGGUUUCUUGCAAAUGCCUACAGCUUGAAUCUUUUGUUUUUUUUUUUUUUUGGGUUUUUCUUCUGUGUUGAAGCAAUGGGUGUAAUGGGCAAGGAUGUGUUGGUUUUGUUUCUUAUGAUCUUGCUGUUAUUUGGAGAUGUCUCUUCGGCUCCUAGUACUGCUUCCCCUGCAAAGAUUGUUAGUGGGUACUUCUCAAAUGCUGUAUCUGCUUUCAUGAAAUGGUUGUGGUCUCUCAAAGCCACAACUAAAACAGCGAUAACUGGCCGUCCGACGAUGAAGUUUGAGAGUGGGUAUACUGUGGAGACCGUGUUUGAUGGAAGCAAGCUCGGGAUUGAGCCUUACUCUGUGGAGGUGUUGCCUGGUGGAGAGCUUCUAAUUUUGGACUCUGCUAACAGUAACAUUUACAGGAUAUCUUCCUCCCUGUCUCUAUACAGCAGGCCUAAGUUGGUUGCUGGAUCGCCUGAAGGAUACUCUGGACAUGUAGAUGGGAAGCUCAGAGAGGCAAGAAUGAACCAUCCAAAGGGGCUUACAGUAGAUGAUAGAGGAAAUAUUUACAUUGCAGACACCAUGAACAUGGCAAUCAGGAAGAUAAGUGAUGCAGGGGUGACAACAAUUGCAGGAGGGAAAUGGGGACGUGGAGGGGGCCAUGUAGAUGGAGCAAGUGAAGAUGCAAAGUUUUCUAAUGAUUUUGAUGUGGUUUACAUUGGAAGCAGUUGCUCUCUUCUUGUUAUAGACAGAGGAAACCGAGCUAUCAGAGAGAUCCAACUCCAUUUUGAUGACUGUGCUUAUCAAUAUGGAACUGGCUUUCCCUUUGGAAUUGCUGUGCUUGUAGCAGCUGGUUUCUUUGGUUACAUGCUGGCUUUGCUGCAACGUAGAGUGGGAACAAUUGUUUUCUCUCAGAAUGAUGCAAUCAGCAACACAGGAAGUCCAUAUCAGAAGCCCCUUAAAUCAGUCAGGCGACCUUUAAUUCCGACCGAGGAUGACCUGGAGAAGCAUGAAGAAGGUUUCUUUGGAUCCCUUGGCAAGCUUUUUGCCAAUGCUUGGGCAUCUGUCGUUGAAAUUUUGGGAGGAAUAGUUCCUGGUCAGAAAAAGAAGCCGCUGAGCUAUCAAUAUCAAAACCAGCAACAGAAGCACUCAAACUCUUGGCCUAUGCAGGACAGCUUUGUGAUACCUGAUGAAGAUGAGCCUCCUCCUACCAUUGAAACAAGAACACCAACACCGAGGAAAACUUACCCAUUCAUGUCCAAGGAUGCAGAAAAGAUGCAGCAAUGGAGGCAAGGGCGUGCUUUCUAUAGUGGGUGGGAUGAUGACCAUCAACAGCAGCAACAGAAACAGCAGCAGCAUCACCGGUAUCAAUCUACUACCCCACACACAUACUAUGAGCAGAGUUAUGAGAAAACCAAGGAAAUUGUGUUUGGUGCAGUUCAAGAACAAGAUGGGAGACGUGAAGCUGCAGUGAUUAAGCCUGUUGAUUAUGCAAAUCCCAUUUAUAAUCACCAGAGCAUUCGCUCUCGAACCCAUUCUAUGGGUUAUAGUAAUGGGUAUUGAAUUAUUAAUCAUAUACAAGGAUAUUUUUGGAUUUGGCAUUGAUAAUGUUAGUCCUUGAAAUUUUAGGAUAUACUUAGUGUCAAGAUUUAUUAUGAGAGAAUGAAAUAUUUGUGGGAGCUGGCUUAGUGCCUUGAAAUGAAAAGUCAAAAUAUUGUUAACCUAUUGCAUAACAUGGCGCUUCUAUAAAAAUGGUCGAGGAAAUGAAGCAAUCCCUUUUCCCCUUUUCA